UAUGCAUUAGACCGCAAAAAGGACUGAAAAAAAUAAUAGGUUAGCUAUCAAUAAAAAUGGCAGAAGAAUUGCAAAAAGCUCAUCUUUACUACGAUGAUAUAAACAAAAUUAGGGUCUUAGAACCCACCAUACUAAAAGAGACUGAAGAUGUGAGGGAUACUUGCAAAGAUUAUGAGACCAAGAUACAAGAUUUUGGUAAGAUCAUCAACUCUCUGCUAGCCACGCUCACGGAACUUGGCGAGAACGUGGAGAAACAGAAAAUGGCUGCGAUCGGUUCUAUGAAUCUUCUGCAAUCUAUCGCCAAAGAAAGAGAAACUGAACAAGCGAAAUUACAGGCUCAGAUAAAUGAAAAAACGAUAAUUCUCGAGCAAUUGGACAGUGAAUAUGAUGCUCUUCAGAUUCUAGAGGCGACACAAAUGGAAACUGUCGAAUACUUAACGCAACUUCGAUAAAAAUAAUUCAUAAUUAUAAGCAAAUAAAACAAGCAAACAGUCUGUAAAAAUGUAUUUUCAUCGAAACACACGUGAAAUGAUAAUGUAGUAUAAACGGGGUUAUGAACGUAAGUAUAUAUCCUGUUUUAUAAAUUAAUUAAACAGUCUUUCCUGGUAUGAUGUAUUUGAUUGAAACUUAAACCCAUGAUUAGAAAACAGUAAUUCAGUCAGUCAAGCCAAAAACCAGGCUAGUCCAACGAAUUGCGGCAGAAAAUUGUAAUUAUACAUCAUAUGGAAUUAUUCGUACACCAACUAACCUUACAUAGUGCCUAAAUGUUGUUUAUAAACACCUGUGAUUACAAAAAUAUACUACUUAUUAUAUAAAGCAAUUAACAAAGGCAAUUGAAUUAGAUUACGAUUGAUUUCAAUCAACAUUUCAUUCCAAUCCACAAUUUAUUAUCCAAACACCAAAACAUGAACAUAAUUUAGUUUCUUCUAACAAUACUUUACAUGCCUACCAUCAGCAUGGUCAUUUUCAUUUGAAUGAAGAUAUUUAAGUCCCGAUCAUGUCAAUCUAUUUAAAUUACCAUUGAAAUGUCUAUAACAUUAAAAACUUGCCUCUAGCGACCGAAUAAUCCUUGUGAAAAAAAUAUGUACGUAAUAUUCAUCCAAAAAUGAAUAUAAAUAUUAAAUCGUAGAUUGAAUCACUAGUUUAACUUACAUUAGCUGCUUACAAGCUACUUGCAAUUGUCAAAAACGAUGCGGAUAAAGAUCUUGAUUCGCUCCCUCUCAUAAAAACUACAAUGAAAAUUAAAUAUUACUCAAGGAAAGGAAAAUUGACACUUUUUGCUUACUUUAAUCGCGUAAUAAGCACCGGACUUCACUGGGCCACGUUUAGAGGGAGCGUGAAAAUAAGUUACCUUUUUGGUUCAUACUGUUUCCCAAAAUAACAGUUUCUCAAAACGUGCUGCUUUAAUGUUUCUUAGAUCAUUAAUUUGAAAAAAAAAACGCAUAUAAUUUUACAGUACACCUCUCCUUAAAAUACGUCCAAUUCUAUGUAAUGUUUUUUAAAGCCUUUCCUCAAUUUGCAUACGAUGAAAGAUUUUCCCAAAAUAUAAUUUUGCUGAAAAACCCGUUUUUUUUGUCCAUAUUACCAAAGUUGUAUGCUUUUGGGUCUUCCAGCAACAGGAUAUUUUGAGGUGGGGGAUACAAAAAUUGGACAGUAUGAACAAGUAUUUUGGCAUAUCAUUGAACUACGUGAUUUGGAAAAUGUAUGCUGUGAUAAUCGAGGCAUAGGUUGUUGGCGAGAAUGAUCUGGCAGAACUAUCUAAAAACAGUUAUUUUGGGAAACA